GAAAAGACGAAAAUUGUGCGGUUCUCACUUGUCUCGUCACGUCUAUCAUUUGAAAGAAAAAAUUAUGAAUUUACCAUAAUAAUUGUACAAAUUUCCAAUUGAAUUUAACAAAUAUUUAUUAAUCAAACCUUUGUCUAUUCAUUGUGUUUGAAAAUUUGUGUAAAAUUUGGAUAAAAAAUGUGAAAUUUCUCUGUGAGAAAAAUUGCAAUUUCAUAAGAAAAAAGUUCCAAUCCAAUCAGCCAGCAAAUACAUACCCAAGAGCCAAGAAAAUCAAUAUUUUCUUUUCCAACUUUGUGGCUUAAGGUAAAAGGAUAAAUUUGCAAUAAUUUCCAUCAAAAUGAUACAAAAAAAUGGAUAAAUUUGGUUAAGAAGGCCUAGGAGGAUACCUGAAACCCCUAACCACAGGAAAAAGAAUACUCUUUCAUUUUCUGAAGGAAAAAUAAAACCCUGGAGCAACCACCGAAAAAAGCUAACCGCAAAUCAUUAGAGACUUGAAGUUCUCUCUACACCCUCACUCGCUCACCUUUUCAAUCAGUCUCUGAGAAGCCAAGUGACUGACUGACUGACUAGGUGAUAGAGUUGACGUCGACGACCAAGCAAACAAGAAAAACGACAACAACAUCAACAACAAUGAAUGUAAUGCGUAAAUUACGUGGAGGUGGUGCCAACAAUGUUGGUGCCACCACAACAAACACCGCUGCAGCUAAUUCCAAUUCCACAACAUCUAACACAACCAAUGCCAUCAACAGCAGCAGCAGCGGUGGCAAUACUGCUGCAAGUGAUGAUCCAGUCACCGAAUCGCGCACUCAACUCAGCCUAAUGCACCUGAAGAAGCUCUUCAAUGAGUACACCCAUCCGAAAGAACCACUCAGCGAACAGGAACGAGAUCAGAAACUAUACAAUAUGCUUCCAUUGUUCUGCAAGGUAUUUAGUACAUGUCCCUCGUCGGAUAUGAGUGAAAAAUUCUGGGACGUAGUUGCAUUCUGUCAGCAAGUUGCUCGUCUCAUGGUUGCGGAAAUCCGCAAAAGAGCCUCCAAUCAGAGCACCGAAGCAGCAUCAAUUGCUAUUGUUAAAUUUCUGGAAAUUGAAACGAGCGAAGAGACCAGCAGUGGUUGGAUGUUAUUGUCAACAUUGAAUUUACUUGCAAAUGGUGAUGCUUCUUUGAUUCAGGUAAUGACUGCAGCAGCAGUACCAUCGACACUUGUUAAAUGUCUCUACCUGUUCUUUGAUUUGCCUGAAGUCACUGAUGAUCCUCCAUCUGAAAAUGGAGAAGCAAUUAGUGAUUUCAAUGCCAUGGAAAGGAGAACAUUGCUUCAGAAGAUUUUUGUACAACUUCUAGUCAAAUUAUGCUCAUAUCCAUAUCCAGCUGAAGAAUUGGCUAGAAUGGAUGAUUUGACAUUGUUAUUUUCGGCUAUAACAUCGCCUUGUCCAAUACAAAAUGUUGUAUGGAGGAAGAGUGCUGCAGAAGUUCUAACUACUCUAUCCAGACAUGGAUUGAAAGAUGGAGUUGUUAGUUAUAUACAUUCCAAAGGAUGCAUGGCACUUUGUGUUGAUAAUAUGCAACGCCUGACAGAUGCUAAUCCACUUGAAAUAGUGGAAAUGUUUGUCACAGUGUUUUGUUUUCUAAAAGAUUCUAGUCAAGUAUCGCAGAUAUUAUUGGAUGACUUUAAAGCCUCUCAAGGAUAUCUGUUUUUAAGUGAAUUUUUGCUCAAAUUUGAAAGUGAUCGCACUCGUUCCAUUGAAGUGCAAGCUGCUAUACGCAACCUCGUUCUAAUGAUCUCAUCGCUAUGCAUGUGUGGUUUUGUCGAGCUACGACCACCACCAGCACAGUCCAAUAGUUUAUUUAAAAUGCAAAAUUUCCAAAUGCCACAAGCCACAUCCCGUGAGACUUGUGUACGUAAUAUAUACGCCUUCCAGGUGCUACAAACUGUAUUCCUUAAAUCUACAUCGCCAACACUUUGUUGCACCAUACUGGAUGCCAUUUCACGGGUAUAUCAUUCAGAAAAUGCAAACUACUUCAUUUUGGACUCUGAAAAUACACUCAGUCAAUUCACGGAGAAAAUCCAUCAAAAAGGACCUCAAAUCCAGGAGAAAUUCUUCGAUCUACUCGAAUUCAUUGUGUUCCAGUUGAAUUUUGUUCCUUGUAAGGAAUUGAUCUCAUUGUCGUUGCUCCUUAAGAACAAUCAUUCAACUCCGUGUAGUAUAUUGUGUCUUAAGACUUUGCUAAAUAUACUAAGGCAUAAUAAUGUCUUCAAGGAUGUCUAUCGGGAAGUUGGAAUCUUGGAAGUUUUCGUUACCUGUUUGAUGAGAUAUUCCGACUAUGUGCGGAAAAUAACUAAUGAUGAUGAGAAUCUAGAAGUCGAUGUAGGAGAUAACCAAUGUGAUUUGUUAGGAAAACAUGUCCUAGAAGCUUUGACAAUCCUGCUUGCAGGAAGCAAUAAUAAUGCAAAUGUAUUUCGUGAAUGUGGAGGAGCCAAGUGCACACAUGAACUUGUCAAAUUCAAGCAUUGCCGGCAUCAGACUCUUGGAAUUAUCCGAGAAUUGAUUCUCUCUGCUGGAGGAGAUGAUGAUAUGCUCUUUAUCUUGAGCGUAAUGCACUCUGUUCCAGCAUACCAAGUCGAAUUUAAGAUACAAAUUCUAAACAUGCUCCUCGGAUGCUUGAAAGACAGUCAUCGAACGCGAACAGUAUUCAGAAAAGUCGGUGGAUUUGUCUACCUGACAAGUGUUUUUGUCUCACUCGAUGGAAAACUAAAUGACAACCUUGAGGAGAAUACUGCAGAUCUGGGAAUAACCCAAGAUGAUCUCAUUUUACUACUGCAAAUAGUCUGUCAGACCUUGGCUACUGCAAUGCGUUUUGAACCAGCAAAUGCAAAGUUCUUUCACCAUGAAAUCUGCACAGCUUCGUUGUGUGAAACCCUGCGACUGUUGGGAUGCUUCACCAGUGGCACUGAGUUAACUGAUAUUUUUGGUGAAUUCAAAGCUGACGGAGAUGUUCAGCGAUAUUUCCAUGAAGUAUUCAGUGGAGAAAUUCUAAAUUUCAGUUUUCGAGAAACUGUUCCCAGGUCUUUGUCAUACGUGUGUGUAGUUUAUCGGUUGCUCUAUAGCAUUGCAUUGGAUAAUUUCGAGCAACCUAAUCUCAAUGGAGUGAUCAAUUUGUUUGUGGAUCAAACUUUACGUUCACCGAGUCAGGAACUUCCAACACAGCAUCCAAAUUUAUUGAAUCUAUCACAACCCAAUCCUGAACCGAGAAUUGUUCAUCCAGGAGUGGUCAUUUGCAUGCUUCAGCUACUUCCAUCAGUUGGACAUUCCAAGGAACAAGGCAAAGCUAUGAAUUUGCAGGUAUAUCUGUCAGAGAUCAUCAAAAGUUUGGUUCGAAGUGAGAGAAAUCAGCAGAUUAUGUGCGACUAUGGAUUGGCUGGACACUUGUUGAAAAUCGGUCGACGAGCUCUGAGUGAAGAAGAUAAUCCUCUGCAUGUUCCAUUGCAGUAUAUUUUGGAGCGUCUUGCAGCACAGGCACUUCAGCCGACCGAAUUGCGAGAGUUCCUUCGUCUCGGAGCACCAUUGUCAUGUUCGGACAUAAAUCUCGACAAACCAUACUGCAUGGGUGGACCAGUUCCACUCACACGAAUUAAAACUCUAGUUUCCAUGACAACUCCACGAGACUUCCGAGCACAUGGAUCGAGUACAUUGCCACCAUUUGUUGAAAUGGACAUGUCAGCUGAAGGAUUUGGAUGUCUCUACUUGCCCAGUUUGGCACCACAAGCAGCAGCCACUAGUGGUGGGACAAUUGAUUCGAGUACUAUCGGAGGAAUUGGAGCUGGUGAUCGGAUAUUUCCACCACAAACAGGUCUAACUUACUCCACUUGGUUUUGUGUUGAGAAGUUCUCAGAUCCAAAGACAGAUCCACAUUGUGUUAGGCUUUUGACUUUGGUCAGAACCAUUAAUAACCCACGAGAAGAGAAUUUGGUGUGUUUAUCGAUUCUUUUAUCGGCAAGGGACAAGGCGAUUGUUGUCUCAACCCAGGAGACUCUAGUUACUCCAAGUAAAAAUCUUGGAGAUUGGGAACCAGAGGGUUCAGAUGAUGGUAAUGCCCGAAUAUGGUGUCCUGAUCUCUUACACGAAGGUCAAUGGCAUAAUUUGGUUGUUGUCCUCAAUCGAGCUGUGCUAAAGAAUUCAAGUUUGUCACUCUAUCUCGAUGGAACUCCAAUGCACACUCAAAAACUUCAUUACAUCUCACAAAAUCCUGGAGCUGGUUCGGCAAAUCUUGCCGUUGCAAGUCAAGUAUUCGGCUAUAUUGGAACUCCACCGAUUUGGAGAAGAUAUUCACGCCUGUGCUGGAAGCAGGGUGUUUGUCAUUUAAUCGAAGAUGUUCUUCAACAACAAACCGUUCAGACAAUUUACAAUUUAGGUCCACACUAUAUGGGAUCAUUGCAAGCACCACAAAUUGGUAAACAAAAUGAACCUCUAAAUCCUCUGGUGUCUGAGGAUAAAGUUCUGCUAGGAUUGAAUGCCAAAGCUGUAUCACAAUUAACUUUGGUCAAAAUUCGUAAGGUUUAUAGUCGAACGGAUAAUAAAUCCAUAGCUAAGCAGUUGGGAAUGAAUUCACAUGAAAAUGCAACACCAAUUAAGAUCCUUCACAAUUCUGCUGGGCAUUUAGCUGGAGCUGGUCGUUCUCUAGGUGGUGUCGUAGUAGGCUAUCUUGGAGUUCGUGUCUUCAGUCCACAUCCAGUCUCGGCCAUGAUUGACACUGUUGGUGGUUGUAAUGUCUUACUGGGAAUCAUAGCAAUGGCUCAAGACGUUGAAAGCCUAUAUGCCGGUGUAAAAGCCCUAACUUGUGUGGUUCGUAGUAAUCGUGCUGCACAAAGUGAAAUGGAUCGUAAACGUAGCUAUCAAACUUUGGGAAUGUUCUUUAAGAAGAAAAAGAAUCUCCUCAACUCACAUAUAUUGCAUUUAACUUUUGGCCUAGUGGGCACUGUAAAUAGUGGUCAAGAUAUGGCCGCCAUUCCAAAUAUAACCGCAUUCCAAGAUUUACUCUGUGACUUAGAAAUCUGGCAUGGAGCUCCCAAUGGCUUGUUAAGGUCAUUGUUGGAACAUUUAUUGGAACUUGCCGUCGAAUCAAAUGAAAAGAAACAAAAUGUUAAAAUUAUGAGAGAUCUGCAGUUGCUGAAUAAGUUGCUGAAUAUAAUAACCGAUAUAAAUGAUCAUUCUACACGAGAGAUUCUUUUCUCGUUGGUUGAAACGCUUUUGGGUGGCCAACCUAGACAUAGUGAUCUUCUCCUGUUUGGACAGUAUAUUGCUGCAAAGCUGCCCAAGUUUGAUCAAAUAGAAAGAUCGGUAAUCUUGCCAUCGAUGGUUAAGAAGGACGGUGAUGAUCUUGCUGCUCAGAAUAUUUAUUUAAGGAAUCGAUGUCUAUCAUUGCUCCAUGGACUGCUCUUUACACCAAGAAAUACUGUGAAUUAUAUUAUUUGCGAUGAUAUCUCCAAGACUUUGGGAAUGGAUUGGUUGUUGUUAUUCAUGCAGCCACAUGUUCAUUUCACCUCUGUGAUCAUAGCAGUGAGAAUUUUGGUAGUUGUCUGUGCGAAUGAGUGCUUCUUGGCACGUUUCCGGGAUAGUACUCACAAUGGUGGUUAUUUGAGAUUCACAGAAUUGAUUUCACAAAAGAAGAGCAUUUGUCUAGGUGGACCUCAGCUCGGUUCUGGAGGAUCAACUACAAACGGUGGAGUUAUGGUAUCAUCAUCAAAUCCAAAUACUCAACUCCCAUCACAGAUUGCUGGAGAAGUUCGAACAUCGGUGUUGCAUGUUCCUGGUUUUCAAAUGCUCGAAUGGCUGCUACAAAAUCAUUUAGAUGUUCCCGAGUUGUACUUUUUGAUUACAGCACUUAUCAUGGGGCAGCCUGUGAAGCUUCUUGCUUCGGAACACACAAAAUUUGACUUGGAUCGUGUUUGGGCAUUCCUCUGGGGAACACCAGUUUCUCAUGCAUCGGCAUCUUCGGUAACUCCAAAGAUGAAUGUUUGUCCGGAAGCAGUGUGUGUCUUGCUUGGAAUGGUUCGUGCAAUUGUUCACACUAUUGAUACAGCCGAUUGGCUAAAGAGUCAUCCUGAGACCAUAAUUCAGCUCUUAUUCUCGCUCUACCAGAAUCUUCCUGAUUUUAUGCCGGUCAUGAUGUCAGGAGAUGUUGUGAGCUCGUUAGUGGCUGUAUUAUUCCCAAUGGCAAAAGAUGGACCAGAUUCGGAGCCAAAUAGUGGCACAUCAACACCAACUGAUAGUUCGGGAUGCUAUGUCGUCCACUCGCCAAUUUCUCUCAUUCCACAUGUCACCUUGACAACUCAUCCUGUUCGAAAGUUCGUUAUUGAUUUCUUGCGGGUAAUUGUUGUAGAUUCCUUGAGUCUUUCGAUGCAUGGCAAAUCAACACCAGUUGUCGAUCUUGUCAUUGAUGCAUCACCAGAAACGGCUGAUAUGAGACAUCAAGUGGAAUAUCAAACCGAGAUCAUUACAGCUCUGGUAGAUCAUCUUCUAGCAGCUGAUGUUCUAGUGGGAGAGCAAGCGGCUCUUCCUAUCGUUCCUCUACUGCAAUCCCAUGUCCAGAAUAUUGCUCCCAAUGUAUUCUAUUUCACUGCCCGAGUUGUUGACAAAAUGUGGCAGGGAUGCUUACAAAAAAAUCCCCAUGACAUCUUUGAUUUUGUCAUAAAAUUGAUUGCCCAAGCUAAACGACGAUCAUCGGCACUGUCUCUCGAACAGCUUCAUCAUUCUCUGAAUCGUUCGAUUUUAUAUUUGCUCUCUCGACCCACAGAAGCCAUCACAGAACAAAUGUCUGUGCUGGAAGCUCUCCACAAAAUCAUCACACAUCGUUUAUUGAUCUUUGGAGCUGGAAAUCAUGAAUUGGAAUUCAUUGGAUGUCUGACUUAUUGCCUGCUCCAAUUGACCGCAGACAUGAAGAUCAUCCUAGAGCCGUCCACAAGCAGAAGUACCACAUGGCAUGUGAAUCCUCAAGUAGAUGUAAUCGAACCACGUGAUGAUCAUUUAAAUCAGUUGCAAGGAAGAAAUCUCAUUGUUGGAGCAGCCUUCCGUGUUUGGGAGGAGCUGUAUGUCUGCAAGAAACCAGCGAUUGAGGAGGUCUUCAAAAUCACUCUAACAGCACCUCCAAAUAACUCAAAAGCACCUGAUUUGCAGACAACUCGAGAACAAGUUAUGGAAGUUGCCUCUAAACUUUGGUUCAAUUAUGUCGACACCGAACGAAAGGCAUCAUAUCGCAUUCCUUGGGAAAUUCACAAUCAAAUUCAAUCGAAGAUACAAAAAGUCACAGGAGGCUUAACUCGUCUGGCCAGUCGAACCAAAGUCAAGAAAGACGAAUUGGUUCGAGUAAAGUCGACUAUGAGCAAAGAGAGUGCCUUUGAAUGUACAGCUAUUCAUGUCCAGUUAAUUAGAGAUUUGUGGGAGAUGCGAUGCAAACAAUAUACCCAAAUGAUUCAACACACUCAACGUUAUGUGUUCCAAGAUUGGAUUCAAUCGGAAACCGAUUUGACUAGAGAACGUGGUUUGUGGGGUCCCGAGGGUGUUUCAACUCUAGACAAAUGGAUGUUGGAUACCACAGAGGGACCACAUCGCAUGCGAAAGAAGACUAUGCGCAAUGAUUUGUUUUACUUGCAAUAUCCAUAUCGACCUGGUAUUGAUCUACCUGAUAAUCGUCAAUUAAAAUACAAAGUUGCCACAAGUUUUGAUAGUAAAAUUUACUUUACCCAUUGCCAGUUGCCACCAAGGAUUCUGUGCGAGACAGAGAGCAUGAUUCAACAUGGUCCGGAUAAUAGAUCGUCGACUGAGUGUGCAUCGAAUGGAACACCACCUCAGAGUCCGACUGGAGAGCAGCCGCCAGGAAAGAUUGGAGGUAUCGGUGGUCCACAGGAGUCAAUUGAUGGAAAUACUGGUGGGGAGGAACUCGAUGAAGAAGAGGAAGAUAUGUCGAUGGUGUCGGAUAAUGAGACAUUCUUGCGAUUGCUUGAAGAGCAGGAAAAAAUCUCCUAUAUGUUCCGAUGUGCUAGAAUUCAGGGACUUGACACUACUGAGGGAUUAUUGUUAUUUGGCAAGGAACACUGUUACAUUGUGGAUGGGUUUACUUUGCUUAAGAAUCGAGAAAUUCGUGAUAUUGAUACUCUGCCGCCCGGAACUUAUGAUCCAAUUAUACCUAAUUCAGGAGGAACCACAAGAACUCAGAAAAUGAAGCAGUGCUCGAAGUUUUCCUACGAGGAAAUCCGUGAGGUUCACAAGAGAAGAUAUCUCUUACAGCCGAUUGCCUUGGAGGUAUUCUCCGAAGAUGGACGGAAUUACUUGCUUAGUUUUCCAAGGAAAGUUAGAAAUAAGGUUUACCAAAGAUUUAUGUCACAUGCAACAGCAAUUUCUGACAACGCUCAGCUAUCAGUAGCAGGACAAAAACGAACUGCAAGUGUUGAACAGACAUCGGGAAUAUUUAGCAGUUUGAUUGGUGAGACUUCUGUUACACAGCGAUGGGUGCGUGGAGAAAUAUCAAAUUUUCAGUACUUGAUGCAUUUAAAUACUCUUGCCGGCAGAUCAUAUAACGAUCUCAUGCAAUAUCCUGUCUUCCCCUGGAUUCUAGCUGAUUAUGAUUCAGAAGAAUUAGAUUUAACAAAUCCGAAAACUUUUAGAGAUUUUUCAAAACCAAUGGGCGCUCAGUCGGAAGAGAGAUUGGAACAGUUUUUGAAAAGGUUUAAGGAAUGGGACGAUCCACAUGGCGAAACACCACCCUAUCACUAUGGCACCCAUUACAGUUCGGCAAUGAUUGUUUGUUCCUAUUUGGUUCGUUUAGAACCAUUCACUCAGCAUUUUCUUCGUUUGCAAGGUGGCCAUUUUGAUUUAGCCGAUCGUAUGUUCCAUAGUAUCAAAGAAGCUUGGCUAUCAGCUUCAAUUUAUAAUAUGGCUGAUGUUAAAGAAUUGAUACCUGAAUUUUUCUACCUCCCUGAGUUUGUAACGAAUUCAAAUAAUUUUGAUUUGGGUUCAAAACAGAAUGGCGAUACCCUUAACCAUGUAAUUCUCCCUCCAUGGGCCAAACAAGAUCCCAGAGAAUUCAUAAGGGUACAUCGGAGUGCCUUAGAGUGUGAUUAUGUCAGUCAGAAUUUACAUUUGUGGAUUGAUUUAAUAUUUGGAUGUAAGCAACAAGGACCUGCAGCUGUUGAGGCAGUUAAUGUAUUUCAUCAUUUGUUCUAUGAAGGAAACGUUGAUAUUUACAACAUUGAUGACCCCUUAAAGAAAAAUGCCACAAUUGGCUUCAUCAAUAAUUUCGGUCAAAUACCCAAACAGUUAUUCAAAAAGGCCCAUCCGGCCAAGAAAAUGGGUAAUUCUCGACAUUCAGUAAUCGACCCAGGUCCACUGAUUGGAAAUACAACAGUUCUUCAAUCCGAUCGUCUCUUCUUCCAUAAUCUUGACAAUUUAAAACCAAGUCUGCAACCAAUUAAAGAAUUAAAAGGUCCUGUAGGACAGAUCCUGCAGCCAGAUAAGACUGUAUAUGCUGUGGAACAGAAUAAAGUUAUGAUGCCGCCAUCAUAUACAAAAUAUAUAGCUUGGGGAUUUGCAGAUCAUUCGCUUAGAAUCGGUUUGUAUGAUUCAGAUAAGGCUUCAUUCGUGUCUGAAGCUGCUGCCCAGAAUUCAGGGGAAAUUCUCUCCUGUGCUUGUCCGAAUUCCAAGAUGAUUAUAACUGCUGGUACAAGUUCAGUAGUAACCAUCUGGAAGUUUGAUGCCAAUAAGAAGACUCUCAUUGUUCGAAAUUCCCUGCAUGGACAUACAGACGCAGUUACAUGCCUGGCAGCAAGUGCAGCUUACAAUGUCAUCGUAUCGGGAUCAAGAGAUGGAACUGCAAUUGUUUGGGACAUGUCGAGGUUUACAUUUGUGCGACAACUUCGAGGACAUGUGGGAGUGGUUGCUGCUGUGGCAAUCAAUGAACUGACUGGAGACAUUGCUACCUGUUCGGCAACAUGGUUGCAUGUGUGGUCAAUUAAUGGAGAUGCUUUAGCGACGGUCAACACGAGUGUGGGCAGUGCUGAUCGAAUGCAACAGAUUCUCUGUGUUGCAUUCUCACAAAUUCGAGAAUGGGAUCAACAGAAUGUUAUCAUUACUGGAUCAACUGAUGGUGUAGUUAGGAUGUGGUCUCUAGAGUAUUCACAAGUUCCAAUUGAACGAAAACUAAAAAGAUGUCCAGAGGUGACAUCACAAGAUAAAGUUCCCGAAAAAGAUGAAAAAGAUUCAGCCAAUGAAGCAUCAAAGAAAUUGGAUUUAUUUAAACAAAUGAAAAGUAUGUCGUCCAAUGAAGGAAAUGAAAUUGCAAAAUCUGCUUCAGAGAGUAGUAUAUCAGAAGCAUGUGAUCUGUCAGAGAAAUCCGCUAAAUCUGACGAUUCAGAUAAGAAAUUAGACACUCUGGCAAAUUCAGAAAGAAGAAAAAGUAGUUUGGCGGGAACCAAAUCGUUGCAUGAGAUGAAAUCAUCUACUGUAGAUGAGACACGUUCGGCAGCUUUAGACAGAUCUGAGAGUACUGCUGAAAAAAGUAAUAUUGAAGAUCGUGCGAUACGUCCAAGUAAAUCAGAUACAAGUAUAACAGAAUCAUUUGUUGUUGUUGAUAAUGAUCAACGAAAUAAAAAUGAUAAUUUAUUAAGAAAAGGUUUUCGAUGGAAUCGGCAGCUAAUGUUUAGAUCAAAAUUAACAAUGCAUACGGCUUAUGAUAGAAAAGAUAAUGCAGAACCAGCUAGUAUAACAUCAUUGACUGUAUCGAAGGAUCACAAGAUUUUAUAUGUUGGUGAUGCCCGUGGACGAAUAUUUUCAUGGAGUGUUACAGAACAACCAGGUCGUGGAGUUGCCGACCAUUGGCUCAAAGAUGAAGGAGCUGAUCAAUGUGUAAAAUGUCAUGUCAAAUUCAAUCUUUAUGAACGCAAACACCAUUGUCGCAAUUGUGGUCAAGUAUUUUGCAAUAAAUGUAGUCGCUUUGAAUCAGAAAUAUCUCGAUUGCGAAUACUUAAACCAGUACGAGUGUGUCAGACAUGCUAUAGCAGCUUACGUUCUCAAUCUGUUGAGAGUUAAGUUAAAAUAUAAUAAUAAACUUAAGAAAACUGCACUAAAAAUAAAAAAAAUUAAAAGAAACAAAAAAGAAACCAUGAAACAAUAAUAAUCAUUAAAACAAAAAAUUUAUAGAAAACCCCCCUCUCCUCUUUCCUCAUUAAUUGUCUAUAUAAUCAUGAAAAGUAAUAAAAUUAAAAAGAAAAAAAAAAAAAAAAAUUACAUAAUGUCACUCAGUUUGUGUAGAAAAUUUUUGUAUUGUUUAUUUAUAAUCUAUACAUUUUUUUAUGUUUAUCAUAAAAGUAACUUAAAUUAGUAAAAAUAGUUUUACCAAAAAAAAAAAAAACAAUGUAAAUGUAAAUGUGUUGCUUGUUAUUAAAUACAAUAUAAGUAGAAAAAUCAUAAUUUAUUAAAAAUAAAAAAAGACAUACCUACAUUUUGAAAAAUGUAAGUUAAAAUAAAAAUGUUAAAAAAAAACACCCAAUAAAUAUAAAUAAAUACAAAUAAUGAGAAACAUACAAUAAUAAUUAUUAAAAAAAAAGAAUGAAAACAAAAAUUUUAGAUCGAAUUUAAAGAAAACAAAAAAAAAAUUUAAGUAAUAAUAAAAUUAAUAGAGAAAAAGUAUUAACAAAUAAAAUCAGAACAAAAUUGAAAAUUGUUAUUGUGUUGUUCAAUAAAAUAAAAAAACAAAAAAAAAAAAAUAUUUAUAUAAAUGCUUGAAAGAAAA